AUGGCAUCUCAUCCUCCCGCUACAUGCUGCAUCGUCGCCAGCCUUCAUGAAGGAACUCCCAAGGGCACAAUUAUACAAAUUAAAGGCAACGCCAACGCUUAUGUAGCCAAGCCGUCUUCAGGGGAGCCCAAGAAAGCGGUUCUAUACCUACCGGAUAUAUAUGGUAUCUGGCAAAACAGCAAACUCAUGGCUGAUGCCUUCGCCGCACAGGGUUACCUUUGUCUGGUAGUUGACACCUUCAACGGCGACCCAGCGCCAUUGGAGAUGCCCGACGGCUUUGACCUUAUGAAGUGGUUGAAUGAAGGUUCUGAUGGCAACAAUCCUCAUACUAUAGACGCCGUGGACCCUAUAGUAGUUUCGGGGAUAGAGUACCUCAAGAGUAUUGGCGUAACGCAGAUUGCUGCAGUGGGAUAUUGUCUGGGUGCCAAGCAUCUUAUUCGACACUACAAGAGUGGCAUCCAAGUCGGUUUCAUCGCCCAUCCCUCAUUCGUGGAGUCAGAAGAAUUGGCUGCGAUAACCGGGCCGCUCUCAAUCGCAGCUGCAGAGCUAGAUGAUAUUUUCACUGUUGAAAAGCGCCAUGAGAGUGAGACAAUUCUGUCCAAGUCGAAGCAAGACUUUCAGAUAAAUCUUUUCUCUGGAGUCCACCAUGGAUUUGCAGUGAAAGGCGAUUUAAGCGACAAGAGGCAGCUGUUUGCAAAAGACCAGGCUUUUGCUCAAGCGAUCGCAUGGUUUACCCAACAUUUGAAUGACAGUUAG